GACGCUCCACAGUGGCAGUCCAGCAGCGCGAGACGUUGGGUCAGUUUUUUGUCGCUCGAUUUUGUCGUUUCGAUCUCGAGGAAAAUCGCGACUCUAAAUGUAAAACGGGUCGAAGCCAAUCCUGUAGGAUUCAUUCGUUGCCAUCGUUCGCCAAAGACUGAGACAAGAUGUCAACGUCGGCGAUAUACAUUUUGGACGUGAAGGGCAAGGUGUUGAUCUCACGCAAUUACCGUGGCGACAUCGAGACUGGUGUCAUAGAAAAAUUCAUGCCAUUGGUGAUGGAGCGCGAAGAAGAGGGCAAUCUUACGCCCAUCAUACAGACUCCAGAAUGCACAUACGCAUACAUAAAGUAUAACAACCUGUAUAUUGUGUCCACCACAAAGAAGAAUGCCAACAUAUCCUUGGUAUUUGUAUUCCUGCACAAAGUAGUGCAUGUAAUGCAGGAAUAUUUCAAAGAGUUGGAGGAAGAGAGUAUAAGAGACAACUUUGUCGUCAUCUACGAACUCCUGGAUGAGUUGCUGGACUUUGGUUAUCCUCAGACCACUGACAGCAAGAUUCUGCAAGAGUACAUCACCCAGGAAGGCCACAAACUAGAAAUUCAACCUAGAAUUCCAAUGGCUGUGACCAACGCUGUCUCAUGGCGGUCAGAAGGCAUCAAAUAUCGCAAGAACGAGGUCUUCCUCGACGUGAUAGAGUCGGUAAACCUGUUGGCGAAUGCCAACGGCAACGUCUUGAGCUCUGAGAUUGUAGGUGCCAUAAAGAUGAGGGUCUACCUGUCGGGAAUGCCGGAACUCAGGUUGGGCCUCAAUGACAAGGUCUUGUUCGAGUCGACUGGACGCGGCAAGUCCAAAUCUGUAGAGCUGGAAGACGUCAAGUUCCACCAGUGUGUGAGGCUGUCGCGCUUCGAGAACGACCGCACGAUCUCGUUUAUCCCACCAGACGGCGAGUUCGAGCUGAUGUCGUAUCGGCUCAAUACGCACGUCAAGCCCCUGAUCUGGAUCGAGUCGGUGAUCGAGCGGCACGCUCACAGCCGCGUCGAGUACAUGAUAAAGGCGAGGUCGCAAUUCAAGCGACGCUCCACCGCCAACAACGUGGAGAUCGUGAUACCGGUGCCGAACGACGCCGACUCGCCCAAAUUCAAGACCACGAUCGGCAGCGUCAAAUAUUCACCGGAGCAGAGCGCCAUCACUUGGAUCAUCAAGUCUUUCCCGGGAGGCAAAGAGUACCUGAUGCGAGCGCACUUUGGUCUACCGUCGGUCGUGGGCGAGGAUGUCGAGGGUAAGCCGCCCAUACAAGUGAAGUUUGAAAUUCCAUACUUCACCACCUCGGGCAUUCAGGUGCGCUACCUCAAAAUCAUUGAGAAGAGUGGCUACCAGGCGCUACCUUGGGUGCGCUACAUCACUCAGAACGGUGACUAUCAGCUGCGGACGAAUUAGCUACUCGACACCGAUGCGGUUAACGAUCAUCACUCCGGCAUCUUCGUUGCACUCGAAUGCGAGGACUAGUUGGUGCACAUAAUGUGUGCGUGUUCCCGAGGUAUUUAGGGCCGGCAAUUGCGCAACGCAUUGUCCUUUCUUCUCGCGGUUUACCGCGACGCGAUGGACCGUAAGAAGACGCGGAGACGUGACGUAGAGGCACGACCGGCUCUUGGUUAACUAAGGUAACAGUCCCAAUUAUGGGUCGAGUUCCAAUUUCGGGUUAAACUUGGCUUAGUAAUGCAUUAAGCAAAUACACAUUAUAAUGAAGACACAGAAACCACUUUUUUGUAUUCCUAGUUCUUUUAACAAUUACGUUCUAAGAUCACAUUCACAGACAUUUUUAAUAUUUGAGAAAAGAAAUUUAGGAUGUUAGUUGAUUCUGUUAUCGAUUCUAACAUUUAUGAAACUGCUAGUAGGUUGUGUUAUAUAUACCGAUAUUCUAUAUAGAGACUGAAACAAUGUAAAUAUAUGCACAUUGUCGAUGUAAAUUCGGAUAUUAUUAUAGAAUAUAUUGACUCAUAAUUGGGAACGUAGUAUAUUGACUCAUAAUUGGGAACGUAGUAUAUUGACUCAUAAUUGGGACUUGCACAUAAAAAAAUACUUUUAAUUAUUUUCUCAUGAUUUAGAAUAAACUACUUUAGAGUCUAAUAAUUUGGUUUUAAAACUACGAUAUUAGCUGCUUAUAUUAGUAUCAACAGUUCAUUUUAAUGUUCGAUCGACAAAUUUAUAUAAACGACUGUAGGUCACUCUAACCUUGAGUGACUCAUAAUUAGAACCGUUACCUUACUCUUUCCUUUUUGUCUCGAUUGGUUUUUUUAAAAGAUUCAUUAAGUGAUCCGUGGUUUUAACAUUGCUGUAGGACGGGUCAAAGUGUCGCGAAUGAGAGAUUCUUGGCGAACAUAAUAUCAUCGAUUCGAGGCGUGCGCGCGUGAGAGUACUUAAUUCAAAUCAUAUUCAAAUUCGAUAUCGAACUUUCUACACAUGCGUAUAUCUCCCAAAUUUUUAAACAUAGUAAUGCGACAACUGCUGAUAAAAAAAAGGAAAAAUCCUCGUCCAGCUUAUAACAAGAUCAUAUGAAUACUUUUGGAGUCAUUUGAUAGCAUAUAUCUUUGGCAAGGCGACGGACGAGCUUACGGACGAGAAUGUUUGAUAUAUAUAUAUAUAUAUAUAUAUAUAUAUAUAUAUAUAUAUAUAUAUAUAUAUAUAUAUAUCGUGUAUGUAAGUAUAGACACUAAAUAGUAUUAUAUCGAUAAGGAUUAUUAUUAUUGUGUAUAUCAGCAUUAUGAUUAUCGAUUGCAUUAAUAGUACUGUACAUCGCUACGAUAUUAAUGUAAGAGAUGAUGGAGAUAUGUGAAGUUUUUAAUAGAAAUCGUAUGGAGAGA